UAGGGCAGUGAGCUCUCUUCCUUUGCCCAGCUGGUAUCCAGUCCCAAGAGAACUCUGCUCCAGCCCCGGACAAUGCACCAGGAUGGCCACUAUCCUCAGUCUUCUCCACUUGUGAACGGUUCCUUGGGUUCCUUGGGACAAGAGCCUCAGAGGCAGCCCGAAGAGAUGCUAGGUGAGGUCAGGGAACUGCCUCGAGGGGACGGGCUGCCACUACUCACUGUCAUCGUCGCUGCCUUUGUCCUACUAGCAAUCUGCAUCGUGCUAGCAGUUCACUUUGGGCCUACAUUCCGUCAGGGUCAUGCCACCCUCCUCACAGAGCCACCAGCCCUGAAACCAGAGGACGGCAUUUGCCUCACCCACUGGCGGCUGCUAGGCCUACAGGACAGUCACAGGGAAACCCAGCAGGGACUUCCUAUUCCUCACUCUGGCCCUGCCCUAGAUGGGCACAGGGCCAGCACUGAUGAAGUCACGUAUCUGUAGGAAGGUGAUUUGGAGUUAACGUGGCUGGUCUCAGAACAAGAAACUGGGCUGAAAAACGAAUUGGAGCCUGGGUGUGGGAGCUACAGACGGCCUCUGGACCCAGCUGGAGCUGUCCUCAGAUAUUUAGCAAGAAAGCUUCCUGGUGACUGUGAAAAGCCAUUUGAGGACCUUGCCUAGAGACAUGGUGCCAAGGCCCCCCACCCUGGGCACCUCCAGAUCCUCCUCGGAAUUCCUGUUUCCUGCUUGUACCUCUCUGAUCUCCAUCCUUCUUGGAGUAAAGUGAAGAUCCCAUCCAUGAAGAAGGAAUGCCAGAGCUCUACAGAGAAGGCCUUCACACACCGCGGACCCAGGGAGAGCUAAGGCAAGGAGCUGUGGGGUGUCUUCUCUGAGGCCCAGGUUGCUCGGAAAGGAGCCACCUCUGUUGUCUUUUCGCCUCUGGAGGGCACCUCUGGCUGCUAGGCUUUGGCCUUGUUGAUAACCUCCAAAGCCCCUGGACUUCCUAACCUCCACUUAGAGCUUCAAGGGCUCUGAGUGUCCCUGAGCACUCAAGCCCCAUCUUGACAUCCUAGGAAGUUUGAGGGUUCUUCUUACCUCUUACUUUCUGUGUGAGGGUGGGCCUGUUGGAACACGCCUAAAAUGUAGUACAAAUUAUUUCCAGAUCCAGAACUUUCCAGCCAGUGGGAAAACAGGAAAAGAAAAGGAAUGUCAUGGAACUUGUUUGGGGAAGGAGGGAGCACAAGGGGUCCAUCCUUGCAAGGAAAGGGCACAGUUCAGCCUGUGGUCAGGAGAACAAAGCUGGGCUCCCUGGCGACUCUCUAGAAAGUACACCUUUCUCUGGUACCUCAGAGGCCCAUUCACACGCAGUCAAAGACAUACAGACACAAACCAUGUAAACUGGGCUUGGUGAUACAGCCUUGAAAGCUUAGCACUUGAGAGACGGAGGCAGGAAAAUCAGAAGUUCGGGGUUAUCCUCAAUGAUACAGCAGGUCUGAGGGCCUAGAUUACAUGACACCCUUGUUAUUGAGGGAGAGGCAGUCAGGAGACCUGACCCCAGGCUUAUGAGAUGGGUGAGCGGAUCUUGUCCCUCACCCGCUACAGCACCUGGGAGAGUGGGCCCUGCACCUCACCUGAGCAGCACAGUAGAGUAGGCCCUGGUGGAGGGGGCACAGGUGAGCCUGCCCAGUCAGCAUGAGUGUGGGAGAACUGGCCCCCACCACUCUCUGUAAGGUGUAAGGUGGAGUGGGCACAGGAGUGAUGCCCUCCCCUCCUUGCCCCUUGCCACCUACGGUACUCAGGGGACCUAGCCCUGACGUCAUGAGAGCAGGAGGUCUAUCUUUACACUUCACUGGCCCUGAUGUUGAAGGCAGGGCAUGAGAGCAGGAGAGCUGGCCCAGCCCCUUGCCAGCUGCAGCAUUGGGAGACUGGGCCCCAUGCCUUGACUGGCAGCACAGUGGAGUUGGCUCUGGAGGCAUAGCUGUGGAUAAGCCAGCUUGAGGGCAUGACACCAGAGCUGACCCAGCCUCCUGCCAAUGGUGGCCUAGCCAGAGGAAUGCUGAAAAGCUCACCUUAGUGGUGUGGAUAAGGAAGAGCCAGUGAGCUCACCAGCUCAACUACCACCCAGGCCCAGAUCCAGGGCUUGAGUUGGCCCACCCCAAAAUCUACAUCAUUUGUGAACUGUUAGGGCAUGUGAAAAGGACAGUCCUACUGAUCCAAAGCCGCAGUAUCUCCAUGACACAGGGCAACAACAGGAUAACUGGGAGGAGUCCCUGUGAAAAUCCAAUAUUGAUGGCAUCACAGAAGCCAGAGACCUCGAACCAGACCAAUGACUCAUUGCAACAAACAUUUGUAAGUGAAGAGGUGUGGACAGAGGAGUAUAUUAUGGAACACACUACAGUUUCCACAAUGAGAUGUUUUCUGUUUUGGGGGGGGAGGUUGCAAGGGCAGAAGGCAAAUACGAGGUGACAGAAAGAUGAGUGGGACUGGGUGCAUGAUGUGAAAUUCACAAAGAAUCAAUAAAAGUUUUUGUUUUUUGU